CAGUAAACCAUCAACACUAGGGUGAAUGUGGGCAAAUGUGAAAGAAUGAUAAAAUGGUGCAUUCGUCGAUCAAACCGGGCCAUACAUCCGAAGUCAGAAAUUAAAUUAACAUCCACCAUUUUGUUUAUUUUCGCGUUUAUACGACUGUACCCGGCUAAAUUAUAAUAUAUUCGCCUGCCACCAUCCUUCGUAGUGACAAAGCGAUUCUGGCAAUGAUUGUAGGAUUAGGAAUGUGCUAUUAGCGUACUCAUUCGUUGUCGGCCCUUGUAUUGAAAUUUGCAGACAUCGGCCGCGCCGCUAGUAAACAUUCUUUGAAAAUUAACUCCCAACCUUCGAAGAAAAACAAAAUCCCUAACGCCCAGGGUAAUCGCGUCGAUGAGAAAGGUUCGUUGAAAUUCGUUCAACGAAUUUUCGGCAAGUGUAAAGGGAGUAAUCCCUUGGCUUUAAAGGAAAUAUCGAAGAGCUUUGGGCGAAAGUCCCCCGUGGCGCGCCCGGCUAACAUGAAUCACACGCCUGCACCUGACAGGCAGCAGCACGACUCCAAUGUUAACCAGGUCGUGGAGAUGGAGACUCAGGACGUUGAAACAAUUACCACUGAAAAAACCUGGAAUGAAGAAAUGAUGAAGGGUCCUAAUGGUGAGGUUGUCAUGGCUGAUGUUAUGAAGACACAGGAGACUGCCUCAGCUGAGAUGCCCCUCGCCUGUCUUGACGCUGAAAUGGAAGACGACGAAGCGCGUUCAGAGGCAACGUUCCGAUUCACGGUCCACAACUUUAAGAAUUUGAAAGACUCGAUGCUGUCGCCGCCGUGCUACGUGCGCAAUCUGCCGUGGAAGAUAAUGGUUAUGCCGCGGCAAGCGCCUUCGCCCGAUCGGCAACAGCAAAAGUCUCUGGGCUUCUUCCUACAGUGCAACGGGGAAAGUGAAUCAUCCAGCUGGUCUUGUUAUGCGAUGGCGGAACUGAGACUCAUAUCCCACAAGCCGGACACCGAACCUUUCCUAAGGAAAAUUCAACAUUUAUUUUACAGCAAAGAAAACGACUGGGGCUUUUCUCACUUCAUGACGUGGAACGACGUGUUAGACCCCGAGAAGGGCUACAUUAAAGACGACGCGAUCACUCUGGAAGUUCACGUCACCGCCGAAGCACCCCACGGCGUAUCUUGGGAUUCUAAGAAGCAUACAGGAUAUGUUGGUCUGAAGAAUCAAGGUGCAACUUGUUAUAUGAACUCGUUACUUCAAACACUUUAUUUCACGAAUCAACUCCGCAAAGCUGUGUACAAGAUGCCUACAGAAUCGGACGAUAGUACUAGAUCGGUGGCUUUGGCUUUGCAAAGAGUAUUCUACGAGUUACAGUUCUGUGAUAAACCAGUUGGUACAAAGAAGUUGACCAAGAGCUUUGGUUGGGAAACCCUUGAUUCUUUCAUGCAACACGACGUACAAGAGUUCCUUAGGGUUUUAUUGGAUAAAUUAGAAAGUAAAAUGAAGGGCACAUGCGUGGAGGGCACGGUUCCUCGACUGUUCGAGGGCAAGAUGACAUCAUACAUUAAGUGUAAGAACGUUAACGUUUCAAGUACCCGAGUGGAAACAUUCUACGAUAUCCAACUCAAUAUAAAAGGGAAGAAAAAUAUCUACGAAUCGUUCAAAGAUUACAUAAGCACAGAAACGCUAGACGGCGAGAAUAAGUACGACGCUGGCGAGCACGGUCUCCAGGAAGCCGAGAAAGGCGUCAUAUUUGCCACGUUCCCGCCCGUGUUACAUUUACACUUGAUGAGAUUCCAAUACGAUCCCAUUACCGACAGUUCGGUCAAGUUUAAUGACAGAUUUGAAUUCUACGAACGUAUCAAUUUAGAUGCAUAUCUACAGGAGAAACCAGAAACACCGGCUGACUACACCCUCCAUGCGGUAUUAGUUCACUCGGGAGACAACCACGGGGGGCAUUAUGUGGUCUUUAUCAAUCCGAAAGGUGACGGAAAGUGGUGUAAGUUCGACGACGACGUGGUGUCCCGGUGCACGAAACAGGAGGCCAUCGAAUACAACUACGGCGGUCACGACGAGGACAUGACGUUGACCGUUCGCCACUGCACUAACGCCUAUAUGUUGGUUUAUAUCAGGGAUUCACAGUUGAAGACUGUUCUACAAGAAGUAACACAAGCAGACAUACCUACUGAGUUGAGUGAGAGAUUAGCUGAAGAGAAGAGAAUCGAAACCAUUCGUCGCAAAGAGCGGAACGAAGCCCACCUGUAUAUGAACGUGAAUGUAGUAUUGGAGGAAGCUUUCGACGGUCAUCAAGGGAACGAUCUGUACGACCCGGAGCGCGCGCACUACCGCGUGUUCCGCGUCAGGAAGCAGGCCACCGUCUCUGAACUCAUGGAGAUAUUGUCAGAGAACUUUAAGUAUCCACUGCAGCAGCUCCGACCCUGGCCAUUUAGCGCACGCUCUAAUCAGACAUGCAGACCGACCUGCCUAGACAUUUUUAACGAUCAACUCAAGACUGUAGCUGACGUUUCUGAGAACAUGAACCCAUGGAACAUAUUCCUCGAGAUGCUGCCUCCAGAUUCUGGUCUCACAUCAUUGCCUUGGUUCGAUAAGAAGAACGACGUGGUCCUGUUUUUUAAGUAUUAUGAUCCUAAACAGAAGCGCAUACACUACUGCGGACACCAUUAUUUGCCCAUCGCAAGCAAACCUGCCGAUCUUCUACCUAUACUCAAUCAACGUGCAGGAUUCCCACCAGACACUCCACUAGUUCUGUAUGAAGAAAUCAAACCAGACUUUGUUGAAAAAAUCAGUAAUUACAACGAACCUCUAGAAAAGGUAUUGGACGAGCUGAUGGACGGCGACAUCAUUGUGUUCGAACGUGCCGACAACCGACACGACGAGCUGGAGCUGCCCACCUGCCAGGACUACUUCAAGUACAUCUUCUACAAGGUCGAGGUGCAGUUCGUCGAUAAAACGGUGCCCAAUGAUCCGGGAUUCACAAUGGAGCUAUCGAUGCAAAUGCGUUAUGAUCAGAUGGCGCGGGCGGUCGGCCAGAGGCUCAACGUGGACCCUUACUUAAUACAGUUCUUUAAGUGUCAAAAUAGCUACAAGGACACCCCAGGACUACCUUUGAGAUACUCAUACGACGGAAUACUUAAGGACUUAUUAGUGUACUGCAAACCAAAAUGCCCUAAGAAAUUAUUCUAUCAGAUAUUAUCUAUUAAAGUAAACGAAUUGGACAACAAGAAGCAAUUCAAAUGUCUAUGGGUUGGUCCAAAUUACAAAGAGGAUAAAGAAUUAAUUUUGUAUCCAAAUAAAGGUGGUAAAGUGUCGGACAUUUUAGAAGAGGCAGCUAAAGUAGUCGAGAUGUCAACCGAGGGCUCAGGCAGGCUAAGGAUCGUGGAGGUGUCGUGUCACAAAGUGCUACCGGGUCCGGACCCCGAGCUCACACUCGACCAGGUCACCAUAUCGCCGCCCAGACUCUACAGAAUAGAGGAGAUACCUAGAGACGAACUGAAUUUACAAGAGGAUGAGAUGCUGGUUCCGUGUGCGCAUUUCUACAAGCAAGUAUACGCGACGUUCGGAAUUCCGUUUUACGCGCGUUUCAAACACAACGAACCGUUCGAAGCUGUCAAAGAUCGCCUACAGAAGAAACUCGACAUACCCGACAAAGAAUGGGAAAAGUACAACUUUGCUGUAGUGACAAACGGCAGACCUAAUUACAUAAGCGAAGGAGCGACAGUGAAUAUCAACGAUUUCAGACUAAGUAGUAAUACGAAUCUGUCGCACCCAGACGCAACGGCGCGGCCCUGGUUCGGGCUCGAGCACAUCAACAAGACGCCGAAGCGAUCCCGCGUCAACUACUUGGAGAAGGCCAUCAAAAUAUACAACUGAGCCGGUCGCCGCGCGCCGCGUCUCCCCGCCGUAACGCCGCACCUACUCCGCUCACAGCCCGGGACACGGCACCGCCCAUAUUCACUUGUAAAGCGACCAGGAUCAUUAUGAACGCGGCUGAAACGAGUACGCGCUGUAAUUUUGUGAAACACUUUUUAUUUUUGAUUGCAUAGACGGGUGGACGAGCUCACAGCCCACCUGGCGUUAAAUGGUUACCGGAGCCCAUAGACAUUUACAACGUAAAUGCAAUCUACCUUGAGAUGUGAGUUCUAGGGUCUCAGUAUACUUACAACGGUCGCUCCUAUCCUUCAAACCGAAACGCAUUACUGCUUCACGGCAGGGUGGUGGUACCUAUCCGUGCGAGGACUCACAAGAGGUCCUUACCGCCAGUAAGUAAACUCACGUUCGUUUAAAUGCCAAAAACUUCAUGAAAAAUAUUGAGAUACUCAUUUAUUUCACUGUAAUGUAAGAUGUGGUAUCUUAAAUGAAAUAUACAGUGCCACAAUGAUCUAAAAUAUAGAUAUUCUGCAUUAUCACAAAUGCAGCGGAGCAUAUUAAGUUUUCUGUUGUAAAAUAACUAAAUAAUAAUAUAUCGACUGCAAUGAUUGAAGUUAAUGUAUUUUAGUCGAUUAAUUAUUGAUUUCUUGAGUAGAUUAGGCUCUCUGCAUUUUACAUAAUACAAAUAAGUUAAAUAUUAUAUUAAACUUAAAGAUAUAUGUAUUCGCCUUCCUCAAAAAUUGCAUUUGUUUUCAUAAAGAUCCUAGCCGCGCUAUGUAGACCACGACUGUGAUUUGAUUGUCGCAUGCAGACUUUCAAUGAUGGGAACGGAAUAAAAAACGUUAAGUAUUUUGUGUCCUGAAUACUAUAUCAUAUUUGGAUGUAAUUGUAUUGGAUUACGUAGUGUGAUACCGCGUUACUGUCGGGCAUGAGAUCAAUAAAUAGUCCUAUGUAUUUACGUCAACAUCAAUUGUAUUUCCUAACCGUGCCGUCGUACAUGUAAAUGUUUAUUGAUUUUUCAAGUAGUAGGUUCAGCUAGUACAAUUCAUGUUCCAAUGUUCUAAUAUUUGCACCAGCAUUUGUGAUGUGAUAUUUUGAAGGAAAAAAAAAGAAGAGUAAAAAUCAUAAUGAUUUGUAAAUAUGAAGUAGCAUAUUCAUUCGUAUAUUGCCAGACACUAAAAAUAUUUUUUGCAUGUUAAUUCUAUUUUUGAAAUAAAAGUUUCGAUUAGUUAGUAUGGCAACAUAUUUUAAUUUUUAGUUACCUUGUUUCUUCUUGCAAAAACAACAAUUGAGUAAUAUGUUUGUAAAGGAACUCUGCUGCUGGUCUGUAGCUUUUUUUUUAAACCUAAGAUGUUUUAAAUGUCCGUAUUCCGUUUUCUAUACGCAACGCACUUUCGUUUUGUGAGGUCGUUAAAUGUAAUUUGUGGGAUUGUGUGCGACCUAUAACACUGUUUUACAGAAAAUUGUUGAUUUUUUUCAUAAUUUUGCUGAGAAAUAUUUUUGGCACAAUUUCUCAAUAAUAGUCAAUUAUAGAGUUAAAAUUUAGCAAACUGACUUUUGAUUGUGCUCCCGACAAACUUGAUUGACCCCCCUGUAAGUUUAUUGUCAAAAUUUGCGUCUACUAGGAAUGUGAACAUGUUAAAACAUCUUAAAUUUUACAUUAGUAGCUACUAAUUUUUAUCUUAUCAAAUUUGUACAUACAGAACGUAAUAAUUGAUUGUGGUUAUGUUUCUCAAUUCUGAAUAGUAGUUUUCGUACGAAAAAUGAGUAAUGAUUUAAUGAAUUAAUAAUAUUAUUAAUAUACUCUUGUUAUUUCUGUGCUGGUGUGAAAUGAAUAAAUCAUAAGUUGUUCAUUGUUAUUUGAAAUGGUAUUUGCGGUGAUGCGUUGAAUCGCUACCGGACUGCGGACGUGUAAGCUCUCCGUGACAUCAUUGUGCUUAGUGCGAAUUUUUUAAACUUUUUCUAUAGCGUAAAAGUUAGCUCAUAUUUGUAUGGAAUGGGAUCGUUUGCGUGCGUUUGCCGCUAGGGGCGCUGUUCCAAUUGCAUACAAAAUUGGCUUAACUUUUACGCUAUCGAGAGAACGUUAAAAAACUCGCACUAAGCACACAGAACGCUUCAGAUUUUGUGAAGAUAAAGAAGUAUAAUAAUUGUUUAUUAACAUAUUCACUCAAUUCUUAUUGUAUAUAGGAUAUAUUUUCAUUUGCAAAGACCAUUAGAACCGAUUUGUUUUUUUUUUGUUUGUUUUAGCAGUGUCUUUUUUACGCAUUCUCAGUUGACUUUCUGUCUCUGGUUAGCUUUCAGUUUCUAACUAAACUGAGUUUAACUAACUUACGUACACGCCCCGUGCUGUGCCAACCUGUUAGAAAUAAUUCGUUUUUGGUGAUUCGGCAUGAGUUAAACAUUUUCAUCGUAAUCAAUUAGUUUUACUAAAGAAAUGUAUGAGAUAAAUAUAUAUAUUAAAAAAAAAAAAAAAUAGACGUUAUAAUUCUGUACAAUCGAAUGUGCCUGUCAAGGACGCUUGUUUGUUUAAGUGGCCUAUGUAAUAAUGAUAAUAAAAAGAUUACAUAUUUUGCAUUGAAAUAAAUAAAAAAAACAGGUAAAUUAACUAUUAGAUGUUAAAUCUGUCAAAAAGCCAUAAGCCAAUACGAACUUAAUUAAAAACUACCCGCCUUUAUCUCACUGUAAUUUUGGUUGUAUAUUUUUUUUCGGAUCACAUUUUUACUUGCAUUAUAUUCAUUGCAUUUCGUAAAUUUGAUUUGAUGAUUAAAUCGUAAGUUUAAUUAGAGACUUACUUAAAGGCGUUACUUAAUAAUAUUAAAAAAAAAAAAAUGUGUAGGUAUAUUAAUUUUAAUUUUUUUUUGUAAAUGGAAGGUAAAUAAUAAACGGUAAUUUUUAAAUUCAACGUUAGGAAAUGAGAUGGAUAAAAAUACAAUUGAAAUGUGAUAGUCAAAUAAAAUAUAGUGAGGUUUGUACAUAUUGAAUGGAUUCGGGGGAGGUCUUAAUCAAAUUAUAAUACGUAGACUUGAAGUACUAAUUAGUGAAUAUAUUUAUACAUGAACAUUGAUUACAAAUCUUAAUUGAAUAUAUCUCUAUUGAUUAAUAGAAUUAAUACAAGACUUUGUUGAUGUUUGAAAGAUUGUCGAAUUACCAAAACGUGUAAUGUUUGAAGCGGAGUCCCUCGAGUACUCUAACGGUUGAUGUCCGCUUCGCUUCGCUUCGAAUAUACACAAACGGUUUUGAUUGCACUAAAUAGAUGUAAACUUAUUGUUAAAUGAAUCUGGCUUAAAGCCCUGUCGAUUUGGAAUCGUUUAUAAGGGUCAUUGUUUUACACUUAUACUCGAAGGAUGUUUCUUUGUAAUUCAAAUAAACGUGUUUUUUUUUUUCCGAAAUUAUGUAUAUUUAUAUUAUAUAUUUGUGUAUAUAUGAUGUAUUUAAAUUAAGGAAAGGAGAUACAAUAAGCUUUCGUAACGCGAUGCCUUAGACGUGUAAACCUAAUGAGAACCGACGCGAGUAUUUUUAUUUUAAUAUAGUUUGCACCUGUUCUUCUUCUCAUUUAUUGCUGUUUAAUAAUAUAACGCAGUAACUGAUUUAUUUAUUGUCGACGGAAGAACUUUUAUUUAUUUAAUUGAUUUCAAACACACAUUUAAAAUAUCUACUACCUACUAUAAUUUUGUUUAACUCUGUUUAUUUAACAUUGUGUGUCGAUUGAACUUAUUAUCAUUAACAUGUUUUGUGGUUAUUUGAGAUAUUUAGGAACAUUAGUUUAUAGUAAAAUACACGAUGCAAAAUUGUGGCAAAUGGGAUUAUAUAGUCUAUUAGUUGAUUUACCUGAAUAAAUAUAUCCGAAUCAGCGCAGCAACCCUCCGGGGGCCCAAAAUAUUGUACACAGCUUGCGCGAACACAUGUCGUUUCCACUGUUAUCUUGGAUUUGAAUGUUUCUCUGAAUAUAAUCCUAUAUUUGUUA